AUCGUACUCACCAUCAUCGCCUACGACUUUAUCAUCCCCCUUCCCCGCCCUCGUACACCUCCAGCGCCCCCGCCAAGAUGAGCACGACGACCACGACAAAGACGACAACGACAACAACCACAACACUGACCUUCCACCCGUCGACGCUCGACAGCCGCCCGACCCAGGUCCUCGCGGACCCCUUCUCCGCGAACCGGAGCGCCAUGUCCAGCGCCGGGCCACUGCGCCCCUCGCCGCGCGGCGCAGCGCGCUGGGUCCAAAAGGCAGGCUACGCGACCCUCGCGCUCAGUCUUGCGCCGUUCGUCGUGAUCGGCAUCCUCGUGCGCGCGCUCAGCCAGCCCUUCAACGCAAUGUACGAGGCAUACCUUGCCCGCCACCGCGCCGCGCGCCGCGAGAAGAGCCGCAGGAAGGGCCGUUCGGCGUCUUUUACCGGCGGGUUCCAGGCUUUUGCGGUCGAGAACGCGCGGCGCGAGGCCAAGGCCGGCGCUGGCGGCGGCGCGAACGGGCACGUCGCGAACGGUAACGGCGCGAGCCGUACCGCCAGCCCCGUCGAGCAGGACCUCUGGCGUAAGCGCAAGAACUCUGCCGCGCCGACCAGCUAGGCGUCGCUCGCUACGAUCCAGGCGGCCCAUCGCCGCAUCGUCCCAUCGCCCCAUCGGCGCUCCACAACACCCAUCCAGCCAGCACAUCACCACCAACCACCGCAAUCCCAUCUAUACCCCGACGCGAUACCCACACCCGGAUGUUGUCAAUGCUAUAUUUUAUCACCC